UUUUGGUGAAAAAAGAAAAAGGAAAAGAAGGAAUCUGAGUCAAGUAGGCGUGGGUGGCCAACUAAAUGCUGGAGCUUCUUCUUCCACUUGCACGUGGGAAUUGAGAAAGCAAAGCAGCGUUCCAAAUUGCAUUUGUUUUCUUCUCCUUUCGGGUUUGAGACUGUCUUCCUCCCACCGCGUUAGGGCAUCUGAGUUGAGUUGACUCAGCGAUUCCGCCACCCAGAGAUGCCAUACCCAAGAGAAAGAAGGUCUGCUUCACCACACAGCUCCCCUUCACCUGUAAGAGGCCGCCGGUCAAGAUCAUUGUCAAGGUCUAGGAGAAGUCGCUCUAGGAGCCAAUCUGUUGAUGCAUCCAAUCCUGGAAACAAUUUGUAUGUAACAGGCUUAUCCACAAGGGUCACCUCCAGUGAUCUUGAAAAAUUCUUUAACAAAGAAGGGAAGGUUCUGGAGUGCCAUCUGGUUACAGACCCUCGCACCAGAGAAUCUCGUGGAUUUGGGUUUGUCACAAUGGAAACUGUUGAGGAUGCAGAACGCUGCGUCAAAUAUUUGAAUCGUUCUGUGCUUGAAGGUCGAUUAGUAACUGUGGAAAAGGCAAAAAGGAAGCGAGGGAGGACACCAACUCCAGGAAGGUAUCAAGGUUUAAGAGAUAAACGAGAUGCAGGACGUGAUCAUGAUCGUGAUCGUAGACGAUCUCGUAGCUAUUCACCGCGUCGGUUGCCAGACAGAGAUCCGUAUUCCAGGGACCGUCGAGGAAGAUCACGCUCUCCAUACAGUAGGAGGGUGGAUGAACAUUCAGACUCGUACAGGAGGCGCAGGGAACGAUCCUUGUCAGGUGGCAGAAACCCUAGAUAGAGCAAAUUCAUCCAAAUGUGCUUCUGCUCUUCUCUGCACUAAAUUGUUUAAUGUCUAUGAUGUGGGAUUUUAAGAUCUUAGUACUAUUUGCCCUUUUAUUUUACCCAUCGUUUCCUGUAAUGUUGUUGUACUUGUGUUGUAUGUUAACAAUUUGCUCCAAACUGACACCUGACUAGUUCACUAUU